AUGGCGAUUAGGGAAAUAGUCACCGACCAGUCAUUGUUACCCGUGCUGAAUACUAGUGCGGAGACUCUCGUUCAAUGCCAGCAAUUGUUGAGUUUACUCAAUCCCGACUCUAUCCCGGCCGAAACUUCCAUUCAGGACCUAUCACUUGCCGCCUCUAAACAACAAAAGAUCCUUUUUGCCCUUCUUGCUCAGUUAAGGGGUCAGAAUCGAGAUGCGGUCUUUCGAGUCCGUGAUACUAAGCAGGCUACUGCGGAAGCCCGCCAGGAGAUAGAUCGCCUGCAUCUUCAACUGCAGAACCUGUAUUACGAACAAAAGCACCUGAAGGGCGAAAUUGCGGCAUGUGAAUCCUACAACCACCAAUACCUAUCCUUACCGCUGAUCCCUGUCGAGGAAUUCUUCGAGCUCUUCCCAGAGCACCGCGACUUGAGUGAAAAUGAACUGAUGAUCGCGCGUAUUAAUCACGAGCAUGCGGAACGAGAGAAACUGGAGCAGGCCCGUCAGGAACUGCUGAAGCGCAAGCAAGCUUUGAUCGCGGAGAAUAAGAAGCGAAAGGAUGAUCUGGCAAACCUGGAUCAGGAUCUCGAGAAGUUCAUUGAUGCUGCCAAACCAAUCCAGAAGAUCUUCGAGAAGGAAUACUAG